UUGGCAACAUGUGCGUUACGUAUUUUGUUUAAAGACCUUGAAUCUUCCUCUUCUGUUUUCCCAACCCCCAAAUUUUUCUUUCGGAAAGUCAAAGAUCAAAAAUUCGGGCGCGGUAAAUACCUAACGACAACAGCAAAAGAAAGUGCGAAAUGAACGACGGAGAGACUUACGCCAGCGGCGACGUAGCCCGCGGAUUAGGAGGAUUGUACAAGCCGUUUUCUUCGCCUUACCUAAACUAUGAUCCCGUUUAUAUGCCCCAAAGCCAACCGGAAUACAUUUUCCUUGAUGGCAAUAGUAAACAACGAGGACGUUUUGAACUUGCUUUUGGACAAAUUGGUGCUUCAUGUAUGAUCGGAGCUGGAAUUGGAGGGGCUAUGGGUUUGUACAACGGUCUUAGAGCAACUACCUUGGAGGGACAAACUGGAAAAUUACGAAGGACACAAUUAUUAAAUCAUAUUAUGAAAAAAGGUAGCGCUACAGCAAACACUUUAGGUUCAGUAGCUGUGAUAUAUUCAGCUUUUGGUGUUAUUUUAUCCUGGGCAAGAGGUGCCGAUGAUGAUCUUAAUACAAUUGUAGCUGCAACAGCAACUGGAUUCUUGUAUAAAUCAACAGGAGGAAUAAGAAAAUGUGGAUUGGGUGGUGCCGUAGGUUUUGGAAUCUCUGCGUUGUAUGCUUUAUGGAAUAGUCGCGAAAAAUUAGCUGAACUAAGGCAAUUUAAUCCAGCGCAGAGGUAACAAGAACCAAUCAAUAUGUGCCUACGACUUUCCUAAAAACCGGUAGCAAAAUAUCUUUAUUUUUGUUCUUAUUUGGACUAUAAAUUGAAAUAUUUUUA